AGUUUAUAGAGCAAAGCAGGGGAGUCUGGAGGCCGGGUGGGCGGAGGAAAAGCACUUGGUAUACCGGACUAGCUGCGACGUGUGCUGGGGGAGGAGGCAGCCCUGCAGGGCUAAAUCCAGGCGAGCCCCCCAAAUCUGGAGUCCUACUACCCACGCAGAGUAGUUGGCAUUAUCUCUCAUUACAAUCAUCCCGAGCUGGGAAACAAACAGCAUGUUAACGUUAGUAUUAAAAUUCUUUGGGGGGAGAGGGAGAGGGUUCACCUAAGUGAACCAGCUUGCUGGAGCAGCCACAUCCAGCAAGUCUUGGAAAGAAGACUGAGGAAAGGGCUUGUCUAGCUGUCAGGAGAGCUGGCUUCCAUCUGCCUGUCUAUACCUUCACUACUCAUUUAUUUAUUUAUUUUUGGUUGCUCUGAGUCUUUGUUGCUGCACGUGGGGCCUUCUCUGGUUGCUGGGAGCUGGUCUAGAGUGGGGAGAGGGCGUUCAGUAGUUGUGGUGAACCAGUGAAGUGGCUCAGUCGUGUCCGACUCUUAGUGACCCCAUGGACUGUAGCCUACCAGGCUCCUCCAUCCAUGGAACUUUCCAGGCAAGAGUACUGGAGUGGGUUGCCAUUUCCUUCUCCAGGGGAUCUUCCCGACCCAGGGGUCGAACCCAGGUCUCCCACAUUACAGCAGACGCUUUACCGUCUGAGCCACCAGGGAAGCCCAGUUGGUACAGGGGCUCAGCUGCUCCCGGGCCUGUGGAGUCUUCCCAGAGCAAGAUGGAACCCAGGUUCCCUGCACUGGGAGGCAGACUCCAUCCACUCUAUGCCUCCUAUCACUUCUGAGCUUUAGCAGUGAAAAAGAAUCUCUCUGGGAUGGGAAAGGACCCAAUCUCUGACCUGCUAAGUAAAUUAUGAUGGUCAAAGUAAUUAACAAAAAUGAUGCGAAAUCUAAGAAAUGUUAAAACUUUCUGAGGCAUGCCAUUUGGGCCCACAACAAAAGUAUUGCAUAAGGAUCUUAGUGGAAUGGUUAGUAAUGAGAGGCAGAGUACAACUGAGCGGCGGAAGUGAAGUGAAGUGAAGUAGCUCAGUCGUCUCCGACUCUUUGCGACCGGGUGGACUGUAGCCUACCAGGCUCCUCCCUCCAUGGGAUUCGCCAGGGAGGAGCGUAGGGAACUGCUAUAAAGGAGCGGGGGCAGGACCGGCGGCGGGGCCCGGGCAGGGCCAGGGGCAGGAAUGGAUUUGUCAGCCCUACUUCCAACUCUGUUCGCCGCCGCGGUUUCUCGGGUCCGCCAGCUUUUGUGCUGUUCCUGAGCCUCUGGCAGGGAGACAUGAUCUGGGCCAUGGGGCUCUCUCUUGUCUGGCCGUUUCUAGCCGGCGCUGCCUUUUUUGUGCUCCUGGGUACCGCCGCCGGAUCCCACAGGCUUUCUUACAACACUACGGUGCUGUCCCGGGAUGGCUUUGUUCAGACCAGAUUUUUUGCUAUGGGAUACCUGGAUGGUCAGACCUUCCUGCACUUUGAUGACACGAAGUGGAGGGCAGAGCCCCAGGGACAGUGGGCUGAAAGGCUGGGAGCAGAGACAUGGGAGACAGAGUCCAAGGACUUGAACGAGGCAUGGAAGGAGCUCAGGAAACUUCUAGCAGAAAUCCUGUCCCUGCAGGAGGAGAAAAGAGGCUUACAUUCCCUCCAGGAGACCGUGGGCUGUGAGAUCCGUGAAGACAGCCACCCCCGAGGCUUCCGGCUUCUCCACUUCGAUGGGGAGCUCCUCCUCUCCUGUUACCCGGAGGCCCACGGAUGUACCUUGCCCCAGUCCUCGACUCAGACCUUGGCCAUGGAAAUGGAGAAGUCCUGGGACACAGACGGCUUUCUAAGCAAGCAUUACCGGGCCCACGUGCAGGGAGAACUUUGUGGAAGACUGCGGGGCUACCUCGAAUCCUGGACGGGAUUCAUGGAGAGGACAGUGCCGCCAGCCGUGAAUGUGACCCGCCGCCGGGACUCGGAGGGCAUGGUCCACCUCACAUGCAGGGCUUUUGGCUUCUUUCCCCGGAAUAUCUCAGUGGCCUGGUUUCGGGACGAGGAACCCAUGAGCCGGGAUGCCCUGGAGUCUGGGGGUGUCCUGCCUGAUGGGAACGGGACCUACUAUACCUGGGAAACCAUAAUAAUUCCCCAAGGAGAGGAGCAGCGGGUCAAGUGCCUUGUGGGACACAGCGGGAAUCACAGUACACACCUCGCACCCUUGGGAAAGACCCUGGUGCUCCAGAGAUCACGGUGGAUCAUUGUGAGCACUGUUGCUGCUCUUGCUGUUGUUGCUAUCAUCGGAUUUUGUGUCUGUAUUAACAGGAUGACAGCAUCGGCUACAGCGAGGCCAGAGCCUGUUAGCCUAGAAGACCUGGAUCAAUUCCAGACGGAGCCAACUGAUCGUAAUGGCCUCACACACCCAGAAUUUCAGUCCUUGUGUCAGACUCUGGAUCCAUCAGUUCAACUGGGGAAGCUUAGAACGUGCAGCCAGAAGGCCUGAAUUCAGCUCCCUGUCCUGGUCUUACUAAUGUUAGGGGAAGCACACUGACUGAAACUGCCUACCCUGGCCAGGCACCAUCGUAACCAUUUGCAUGAGUUACUUUACAACAGGAGGUCCUCGUAAGGAACACGGAACUAAUAAGCUUACCACCAACCGGAAGAGUUCAGGAAAGGUCAAAAGGAGACACCACAUGUCCAACCACCUCCCAGAAUCCUUCUCUCUGGCAUCCAUCUUGGCUGAAUAAGGUGUGCACCACCAGGAAGGACUGAGUCAGAAGGAUUGGCUAAAGACAACCCGGAAACGAAUCCCAUCACCAUAAAACCCAAGACUUUGAGCCACAUGGCAGAGCUGUUCUCCUGGUUUCCCUUACCCUACUGCUGUCCACCCUGGUCCCCUUUCCCAAUAAGAUUUCUUGCUUUGUCAGCAGAUGAGUCUCCUCUGACAGUUCAUUUCCAAGUGUUAGACAAGAUCCUAGUUUCGGGCCCUGGAAGGGGUCCCCCUUCCUGCAACACUGGCACUUUUUCUUUUGUGUGUGUUCUGUUACUUAUUUUAUUAUUUGAAAAUUAUUUUUAUUUUAUUUUUUGUUAUUAUUUUUGAAGGUGUAGUUUAUUUUCAACAUAUCCCUUUUCCCUCUUGAUGCUUCAGUUUCUUCAUCUAUGAAAUGACAAAAACUGUGUUUAUUUCCAGUUGUGGUUUAGACCUUUUAAAGUAUUAACAUAUUUGAGGUGGUUGCAGCUGUGUCACACUAGUCAUUAACUUUAUUUUUGUUUUCUUAGAAUACAUGGAUAAUAAUUAAAUUAUUACCAAUAAAUUAAGGAGUCAAAUAUCUGUGCAUGGUUUCUCAUAAAAUAGACUAUUAUUGUAAUCCUCUCUGUUUUAAAUUUCUGUCUUCCCACUGGCAACCACCUUCAAUAUCUUUAGCUGAUUUUUUUUGGCUUUACAUCCAAAUCUCUACACAUGAUGCCUUUGACUCUUCGGUCACAACCAGUCUCCUGCAUUACUCAAUGACUGAUGCAAUAGCUGAUAGUCAUUGCUCUCUUGCACUCUUUACAUUCCUUCACUUUCCCAGUUUAUUUGUAUAACAAUCAUAUUUAGUUCAUUCAGCUUUUUCUUUCCCAUGACUAUUAUACUCACACGUAAACUCUACUAUUUUUUCUGCACAACAUCUUAUUCUCCCUGAAUUGAUAAUAUUGCCUUUGUUUUUGACUCAUUAUGUUCUAUGUAGCUCUCACUAAUAGAACUCUGAUGAUUCUUCUAUCUGUAUGACUCUUUAAAGAAGUGAGGGUACUUUGGGUAUUCUAUCAGUUUUUGCUUUUUGGAAAUAUCCUCCUGGGGCUUUCUGACAUGCCCCCACCUGGACUGGAUUAUUCUGCAUCUGGACGACAGCCACCCUCCUAGGAUCUCCCUUUACCACCCUCUGAACAGCCCUUUGCUUAUUUUUAAUUCUUUAAAAAUUAUUAAUUAAUUAAUUGUUGGUUGUGCUGGGUCUUCACUGCCUGGCGUGAGCAUUCUCUUCUUGCGGCAUGCGGGCUUUUCAUUGCUAUGGUUUCUUUUGUUGCACAGGCUCUAGGACACACAGGUUCAGUAGUUGCGAUGCACGGGCUCAGCUGCCCUAUAGCAUGUGGAACCUUCCCAGAUCAGGGAACGAGCCCGUGUCCCCUGCACUGGCAGGUGGAUUCUUAACCACUGGACCAUCAGGGAAGUCCAAAAGUGUAUUAUUCUUUGGUUUGAUGAAUAGUUUGGCUGGGUGAAGAAUUUUAUGCCAGAAUUCUUCCGUCUGAAAUUUGGAGGCACUGCUCCAUCCAUGUUUUUCUUUCUCUCUCCUCUUCUGAAGAAACUGGGGUGUGUGGGCAGUAAUUUGUAGGCAGGGCAGCAGCUGCUCAUUGAGUCUCUGCAUUUCACACAUUAAUAACCAAACUGUUUCUGCCUUGUUUUCCUUCUGACUCGAUUACCAGAGCACUUCUCCAUGCACUAUAUUACAGUAAGCCAAAUUUGACAUAAAGAGGGUGUGUGAAUAUUAUAAUAUGUGUUAAUUCUUGUUGAUAAUCUAUACUUUUUGAGUGUCUGAAAUAUGGUAUGUCCUAAAGAAGGACACAGAAGGCAGACUCAAAGAGCUAACUGGAGAGAAUUUAGUGACCAGGCUAUUUAUAGAGAUGUCGGCAGCUAACAGCAAUAGGAGGCAGAGCCCCCUGGAAUUAGAAAUAGCAGGAAGCUAUUACUCCCUCUAGACUGAAGGGACAGCAGAAGGCAUUUGUUUCUAGAUCCCAGCAGAGCUGUAGCCUCCCAGAGGGGUCACUGAACAAAUGUUACCAUUGUAGGUAGAGGAAUGCAGGGAUUACUGUUGCGCAGCCCUGGAGGUAAGUGUCGGGGCAUCCAUGCCUUGAAUCCUCUCCUCCCACAUGAUGGUCCCUGCAGUGCCUCCUAAGGACAAACCCAGCCGGAAGCCAGAGAGCAAAGACCCCACGUGAUGUGUUCUGUGAGAAUAACUGGAAAUGUAAGUGAUGCUCCACAAGUGGUUCAGAACCCGGAGAGCAGACAAAGAACAAUUAGGAUGUUGAGAUUAUACAGACUCUGUGAAAUAAAAGCCAAGAUGCAUGUCUUCAAUUGUCAGAAUAAAUGUUGGAAAAAUGA